AUCUUCUUUCUCCCCAUUCUUUUCUCUCUCACUCAAUUUGGUGAUAUUAUGUUCCCUCCCUCCUACUUUCCCUACCUUUUCUAACCUUCCUUUAUCUUUCUCUCUCUAACUUUUAAUUUCUCUAUUGCCUAAUUAUCUUAAUCUUUUCAUCAUGUCUCAUAAUCCCUACUUUAAUCAUCAUCAUGAUCACUAUUCACCUACAUUUUUCAAUUCCUCUAAUUACCCCAAUAUUAAUAACUUUUCUCCAUUUUCAAACAAUAAUAUCAAUUUCUUCAUCUCUAAUACUAUCUCUAAUCACCCCCAUCAAGAUUAUAAUAAUAAUAAUAUUUCCUCUAAAUCAUUACAAUUACAAUCACCCCCUUCUCCCCCUCUUAGAGAAGCCCUUCCUCUCUUGAGCUCAAGCCCUGUUAAAAACAAUAAUAAUUAUAAUUAUCAUAUUAAUCUUAAUGAAGAUUAUAAUGAUAACCAUAAUAUUAUUGGAGAGUUAGAGGAGUUUUCCUCUACAAGUGCUCCCAUGGAAGUUGACAAGAUUAUUAUGAGGGAUACAACUAAUCAUGGUGAUGAUGAUCAUGAUGGUGAUGAUGAUGAAGAUGACGAUGAUGGGGGAGUGACUAUUGAUCUUAAUUUAGGGCUUCCAUAUUGUAGUACAGCUGAUCUGAUCUCAGCUUCUCAUUCCUCUUCUUCAACCACAUCAGAUCAUCAUCAUCAUCUAAUAAAUGGUCAUCACAAUAGCAGCAGUAUCAAUAACAACAAUAGUAUGAUGAUGAUGAUGAUGGUGAAUGAUCAUGAUAGUAGAUCAGAUGAAGUUACAGUAGCUUCAACUUAUUAUGAUAAUAAUCCUAACAAUAAUUAUAAUAAUAAUAAUAAUAAUAACUCUUGCUCAUCAGUUGGUGGUUAUUGGAACUCAAUAGGUACAGUUAACAAAGGGCAAUACUGGAUUCCUACUCCUGCUCAGAUUUUGAUUGGUCCUACUCAAUUCUCUUGCCCUCUUUGCUUCAGGACUUUUAAUAGAUACAACAACAUGCAGAUGCAUAUGUGGGGACAUGGAUCACAAUACAGGAAAGGCCCAGAAUCCCUAAGAGGGACCCAACCAACAGCCAUGCUAAGGCUUCCAUGCUAUUGUUGCGCACCGGGUUGUCGGAACAAUAUCGAUCACCCACGGGCAAAACCCUUGAAGGAUUUUCGGACCCUCCAAACACAUUACAAAAGAAAGCAUGGAAUAAAGCCAUUUGCAUGUAGGAAAUGUGGUAAACCAUUUGCUGUAAGAGGGGAUUGGAGGACCCAUGAGAAGAAUUGUGGUAAGUUAUGGUAUUGUACUUGCGGGUCGGAUUUUAAGCACAAAAGAUCUUUAAAAGAUCAUAUUAAGUCAUUUGGACAUGGCCAUGCUGCCUAUGGAAUCGACUCUUUUGAUGAAGAAGAUGAACCCAAUUCGGAAAUUGAACAAGAUAAUGAAUCAAAUCAAUGAAGUUUAGAGGAUCGGAUGAUGAUCUUGAAGAAGAAAUUGAAUGAUCAAUUAAAAUGGUGAAUUGUCU